CUAAACAAUACAUAAAAAGUAGAAUACAUAAUAAUUGUAAUUUAAUUGAUUAUUUGUUGUAGGCUAUUAAAGAUUUUUUUCAACAAAAUGGAUAUUGACGUAGCAAAACAUGUUGCUUUAUAUUAUCGAAUAUUGCCCGAAAAAUUAAAAAAAGUUGAUAACGUUCUGACCUAUACUUCUAGCAAAAAUGGUAUUUCAAAAGGCUUUAUCGGUUCUCUGUUAGCUCUUGCUGAAGAUAGUCUAUUAUGCCCAAAUACAACUAACCCUAAUAAUAGAGCAGAAAUUAUGCAAUGGCUUGAAUAUUGUGCGCUCUUCGUGCUUCCAGCAGCUGACAAUAAGAUGGAACUUAAUAUUUUAAAGGAUUUGGAUCAUGCACUAAAAACAAAAUCGUACUUACUGGGAGAAACUUUAUCACUUGCAGAUAUUGUAAUGUUUUACAGUAUUGGAUCACUAAUGCAUACAUUAAAUAAUUCAAAUAAGUUCUUGCAUGUGGCAAGAUGGUACGAUCACUUACAGAAAAAUGAUGCUGUAUCACAAGGAAGAUUAAUAAUUAAUUUUAAUUCCUUAUUCAUCUAGAUCAUAUAUCAAAAUAAUAAAAAAAUACAUUCGGCACUUCAAAUAUUUUUCUAUAAUACUGAUAAUAUAAGAA